AUGGCCAGGAGGGUCAUCGAACAGCCGCUAACACCAGAAAACGUGGCCUUGCCAGCACCACCACCUGCCGCCGCCAAAUGGCGCGCCAUUAUCCGGGCCUUCAGAAAGCCAGACGUUUCAGUGCCAACAUUCGCCGGGUCGGACCAUGAAGACCCCGACACUUUCAUCAGCCAAUGUGAGAUGUAUUUUACGGAAGCUGCCAUCGAUUCAUCUCUCUGGUCAAGAAUGGUCAACAAAUGCCUUACGGAUAAGGCAUCAAAGUGGUACGAGGUGUACCGAGGACUUAUCCUUCCCUGGGCCAAGUACAAGUCACUGCUCCGGCAACACUUCGCCGGAGUGACAGCGCUCAACAAACUACAGAUCAAGCUGUACGCCGGAAAGCAGGAGGAGAAGAAAGCUGUGGGAGUCUUCCCACAGAAAAAGUAUCUGUUGGCUCACCGGAUGCUUCCAACAGCAACAGAAGAACAGAUCACCGGCCUACUACUCGAGUCCCUCAUACCGAGCAUCAGAAAGGUUUUGAGGGCAGCCGUGAUCACAUCGUUUGAUGACCUGGUAGAGAAGGCUCUACAGGCUGAGCCUGACGAAGCCGAUUAA